UUCUACCGACGGGACGGGACAGGGCAGGACGGGUCCUGUUUAGCUAACCUGAUGAUGGCCGGUGUCCACGCGGCCAAUUCUUCUGCUCCUCCACCCCCGCCGCCGUCCUCCUCCCACGGCGGCGCCGGAAUUCCGGUGGAGACUUUGAAACAGGUGGACAUCAGCUACCUGUCUCAGUCAGAAUUGCAGGCCCUCUCUCUGUGCUCCGUUUCUUCAUACAAUGUGCGGCGGACCGAUGAUGUCGUUUCUCCACACCUCGAUCGAUCAGUAUUUAACGAGUCCGCCGGAAGUCGCCGCCAGACCUACUCCAGACUCCAUCACCGCUCCCAUUCACGCCUUCCUGGACUUCAUCCCUCUUUCAAACCUCACAGACAACCCCAUUUCUCCUCCGAUCAUGUAAGCCACUCUAUCGUCCACUUCCUCAAGCACUUUCUGAGCGGCAAUCGCGAUCCACCGCCUCCUCCUCCCGCUCCUCCCUCGCCUCCGCCUCCGGAGGAACCUAAACCUAUGGUUACCCCAACUGUGGACUUAGGGUUUCUAGGGUUACAAGAGAAAUUGAAGGUGAAGCGCAAGGGUGUGAGGAAGAGUAAGAAUUCGAGCCAAGACAAGAUUGUUGAGAAUGGGGAUGGGAUGGAGCUGCAGCAGGUAAAUUCCAAAGCUGAGGUCGUGGAUCUUCAGGAAUUGGAGAAGAAUGGGGAUGAGCUGUAUACCGAGGAAUUGAAGAAGAGGACAAUGGGGCUAGAGACUGAGGAUGGUGUCUUAGGUUUUCUGUGGAGUUUGGAGGGGCAGUGGUGUAGCAGGAGGAAGAAGAGGAAGUAUGUGGAUGCUGCAAUCUUUGGCGAUGCACUGCCCAUUGGAUGGAAGCUCUUGCUUGGCCUCAGGAGACGAGAUUUUCGUGUCUCUGUUUAUUGCCGCAGAUACAUCAGUCCGUCUGGGCAACAGUUUCUGUCAUGCAAAGAGGCUGCUUCUUUUUUGAAAUCCCAUUUCGGUGCUAGCGCAGCGGAUCAAAAAACUUAUAGUGUUCAACAAACACAUAACAUACCUUCUGAAAAAGGUUCUUCUCUUGCUGACAAGGCAGAUGAUGCUGCGCACGACGAAUUAGGCCGUUCAACUUUGGGUGAAUCUUCACGCAAUUCACAUGAUAAUUGUUUGGAAGGCAUAGAAAACCUCCCUGAAGUCCAAGUUCAAGACAAUUAUGAAUGCGUCAAAUGCAAUCUUAGAUUUGAUGAUAAGGAUGCGUAUCUACAGCAUCUGUUUACAUUCCAUCAAAAGACUACUAAACGACACAAGUUCGGGGCACCUGUUGGAGAGGGUGUUAUUAUCAAAGAUGGGAAAUACGAAUGCCAGUUCUGUCACAAAGUUUUCCUGGAAAGGCGUAGCUAUAAUGGUCACGUAGGUAUUCAUGUGAGGAACUCUGGGAAAAAUUCUAAUGAGCCAACUGCUCCUAACAAUCUUGAGAAAAAGCCCCCUGAGCCUCCAUUGCCCGAGGAGAUUCCCUCAAGGUCAUCAAAAAUGGAUGCUCUCAUUGAAAUAGCACAUAAUUCCAUUGUUGAAACUUCUGCAGUCGAUACUGGUGAAAAGGCUAUAACUUCUAAUGAGCCAAGUGUAUUGAGCAUAGAAGCUCAGGCAGCUCCCACUGCUAAUGAAGCACAUUUUCUUGCGGAUCCGGUUGAAAUUCAAAAGGAAGAUUCCAGUGCUGUCAGUGCUCAUCUUGAAGUCCUGAAUCAUGACACUGAAGUCAUGACAGUGGAUAAUGACGUUGUUAGGAAUGAUGAUUAUGCAUGGAGUGUGAAUGUUAAGAUGGAUACUGAUUGUGUAAAUGAUUCCAACCCUUCCGGAGCAGGUGAAAUCGAAAAUUGUGAAAGUAGUUUGGGUAUGGGUUAUGAUAACAGAUGUUUGAAGCCGAGUGAUGAUCAUCCAGAAGAUACAACUGGGAUAGCUGUCGCUGAGGAUGUUUUUCAUGGUGGGGUGUCUCCUGUGCCGUUGGAUCAAUCUCUGCAGUUCUUCCCUCCCUUUGAAUCUGCGUCAAAUAAGGGAGAAAGUGAAUUUUCAGUAGCUGCUCAGAAGAUUGAAAGUGUUACAGGCUUUGAAGAACUGAGGUUUGAUGAUAUUGGGCCCUUCCAGUAUGAUUUUGUGAAUGAACAAGAGUUGCCAUCUUUGCCGGGUGGCCCCAUGAAUUUGAGAGCUGACAGUGUGAUGGAUGAUGGAUUCAAUUCUACCGUUGCAUUUGGUUCAGACGAUGCUAUGCUGAAUGAAAAUCAGAUAACUGUAUGCGUGUGGUGCAGAACAGAAUUCAAACUUGAGGGUAUUGAUUCAGAAACUCCGUCAGAUUCCAUAGGCUACAUGUGCCCAAACUGCAAGACCAAAAUAUCCGGCCACUUCAGCGAUGCUCUGUCUAUGGAUCCUCGUAACCUCUGAGGAUUGCGCCCCAUCACAUUCCGGUUUGUAUUCCGAUUUGGUACCUUCCGGGUGCCGGGGCAGGAUUACGCCGUUUAUAUUGUUGAAGCAAUGAGGUUUGAGUUUAUCCUGCUCUGAUUUGUUCUGAUUUACUUAAACUUGUGUAUAUAGAAGCUGAAUUUGUUUCCCCAAUUGCUCAGUAACUCUACUUGCAAGCAGAAUCCUCCAUGGAAAUGGAAUUACUGUAAAAUUGUAGAGCUAUUGUUUAUGUAUUAUUGUGUGAUGUACCAUCUUGGAGGAUUUGGAGGGACGAUCUUUUAUACUCCCACCCACCGUCUAAUUUAUAGUAUAUUUAGACGGUCUUUUAGGUAAGUGUUUUGCUUUAGGAAUUGACAAAUUUAUUAUUUAUGACAAUUUAGAGAUUAAAAAUGGUAUGAA